AUGAAGCUUAUUAGGGAUAAUCAUAAGGCAGCUCGCGAUAGACAGAAGAUCUACGCUGAUAAGCGAAGAAUAGAACUAGAAUUUGAAGUCAGAGAUUGGGUAUUUCUUCGGCUGUCCCCAUGGAAAGGAAUUCUCUGGUUUGGGAGAAAAGGGAAGUUAAGUCCACAAUACAUCAGACCAUAUGAAAUUGUGAAACGAGUUGGUCCAGCAGCUUAUAGGUUGCAGUUGCCGAUGGAGCUAGCUCGUAUUCACAACGUAUUUCAUGUGUCAAUGUUAAGAAGACACGUGCCUGAUCCUAUGCACAUACAAACAACACAACUAGUACACCUCAAAGAAGAUUUAUCUUACGAGGAAGAGGCCAUCGAGAUUUUAGACAUAAAAGACCAAGUACUCAGAAAUAAGACGAUUUCUUUGGUGAAGGUAGCUGUCAGAUUCCUCAGAGUUGAUCCUGCUGCUGCUUGCCAUUGA